GAAUAUUAAUGCAAAGAUGCCGUACCAAGGAGAUGAGAAAUCUGGGAAAAUAUUACAUUGCUGCAUCCUAUGUGAAGUACUUAGAGUCCGCAGGUGCAAGAGUUGUACCCAUAAGGCUCAAUCUUCAACAUACACAAUAUACAGAACUUUUCAGAUCUAUUAAUGGAAUCCUUUUUCCUGGAGGAAGUGCUAGCAUAUUACAUUCAGAGUAUUCCCAAGUGGCCAGAAUAUUUUACAACAAGGCCAUAGAGAGUUAUGACGAUGGAGACUAUUUUCCUGUGUGGGGAACAUGCCUUGGAUUUGAGGAGCUUGCCUUUCUGGUUAGCGGAGAGAGCUUACUAACGCUCACAAACACUGUCUCGGUGCCAUUGCCAUUGAACUUCACUGAAGGUGCAUUACAGGGCAGAAUGUUCCGGAAUUUUCCUGCCGAGUUAUUGGUGUCACUAGCAUUAGAGCCUCUGACUGCGAAUUUUCACAAGUGGAGCCUCUCUGUGAAGAACUUUACAGAAAAUGCGAAGUUAAAGAAGGUUUUCAAUAUAUUAACAACAAAUACAGAUGGCAAUAUAGAGUUCAUUUCAUCCAUGGAAGGAUUUAAGUAUCCAGUAUAUGCUGUCCAGUGGCAUCCUGAGAAAGCCCCAUAUGAGUGGAAAAACUUGGACGGUAUUUCCCACGCACCAAAUGCUGUGAAGACUGCGUUUUACUUGGCAGAUUUCCUUGUUUCUGAAGCUCGGAAGAACAAUCACCACUAUGAGAAUGAAUUUGAGGAGAUGAAAUCCUUGAUUUAUCAGUUCCAGCCAGUUUAUACUGGAAAUAUUUCUUCAUUUCAGCAAUGUUACAUGUUUGACUGAAAGUCUUCAUUUGGUAACAAAGCAACUUGGCGUAAUUCAGUGACAGGGAUUUCUGUCUACAGAUUGAAUUGCUAACUCACUGCUCACAGCACUGUGAGAAAGCCACACAGAUUCCUUUUCUGUGCCUGCUUCUGAUUCUUAACUUAAAAUAUGAUUAUUUUUAUCAGAUUUGAUAAUUUGACAAUGAAAAAGAUAAAUAGUCAUGGUGUCUUUCAUAAAUAACUUAUUGGUGUUUCAGGAUUCGAAAAAUAUAAUUUUUUAAAAAUAUA